GACAAUAUAUAAAAGCUUGUGUCUUAUAAAUUUUAUAUAAAUCAGUAAAAUUGACAUCAAGAUGAUAAUUUAUAAUUUUAGUUUUUUUGUGAUAUUAUUUGAUGUAGUUUUGACAACAUUGGCAGUUAAUAUAUCAGUAGAUAGUAUUGAUAAACAUUAUAAUAGUACGACAUACCCAAAAAAUACAACUUCAUUGGGAUCAUUUAGAGUGUACAAUAAAAAUUCAGCACAAUGGAAAGAAGUGUAUUAUUACAAAGAGAAAGAGCCAGAAUCAGCAACAUCUCACACAAGAAAUGAAGAAGAUAAAGAUAUACCAGGUCAUUUGAAAAUUGGUGGAAAAAUCAAUGGAUGGGGAAAUGUAGCAAGCCCGAAAGAAUGUGCACGUGAAUGUGUAACUGGUGCACAACCAAAAAUUUGUUAUUAUGAUUGGACUGUUGAAUACUAUCGCACACUUGGCGGAGCAUGUGAUUUAUGUGUACCAAAAACAAAUUCAUCAAUUACAAGUGAUUGCCAAUGUAUUUAUGGUGAUGGUUAUCAUAUUUCUGGAAUAAUAACAGUCAACAGGAUGUUUCCAGGGCCAUCAAUCCAAGUAUGCCUUGGUGAUUUAGUUGUUGUUGAUGUUACCAAUAAAGCUCCUGGUAAUGAAAUAACGAUUCAUUGGCAUGGUAUUUAUCAAAUAAAUUACCAACAUCAUGAUGGUGUACCAUUUGUAACACAGUGUCCAAUUCAAAGUGGUACAUCAUUUAGAUAUCAAUGGAGAGCACAAAAUAUUGGUACACAUUGGUGGCAUUCACAUUCCGGUAUGCAAGAAUCAAAAUCACUUGCAGGAACAAUUAUCAUACGUCAACCAAAAGAACACGAUCCAAAUCACAGCCUGUAUGAUUAUGAUGACAAUGAUAAUCUCAUUUUUUUGAGUGACUUUUUACAUGACAAUCCAGAUGAUCAUUUUCCAGGCACAUCCAGUAAAUUUAAUGCAGGCUCUAUUCCUAAAAACAUCCUCAUUAAUGGCCAAGGUCAAUGGCUGAACACAACAUCUGGUGAGUUUACAGAAACACCAUUAAGUGUAAUCAAUGUAAAACCAGGAAAACGAUAUCGAUUUAGAAUGAUUAAUGGUGCUAGUUUUGGUUGUCCUUUAACAUUUACCAUUCAAAAUCACAACUUAACAGUGAUUGCAACUGAUGGUGAAAGUGUUAAGCCAAUAGUAGUUAAUUCUAUCACUUCUUAUUCUGCUGAACGUUUUGAUUUUAUUAUAAAUGCAAAUCAACAGUCUGGAAGUUAUUGGAUACAAGCACGACUCAUUGGCCCAUGUACUGCUCGAGAAGUAAUGCAACUUGGAAUUCUACGUUAUGUUGGUGCAUUUUCUAUGCAACCAAAUUUAACACGGCCCACAUUUAAUAAUUCUCUUCCACUAGGAAUUUCACUCAAUGAAUACAAUAAUGUUUGUGAAGAUAAAAAAUUCGAUAUAAUUUGUAUGAAAAAUCUUGAAGCUGCUGAGCCAGUUGAUCCAAGGAUUCUAGCAGAGAAAACAGAUUUUCAAUUUUAUUUAGCUCAUGAGUUUCAUAGAUGGAAUGAAAAUGAACUUUUUGUACCGGGCGAAUAUGAUACUUUUUUAACACCAGAUGGAGGAAAACGUGGAUACAUUCCUAUGAUCGAUGGAAUUUCUAAUAGGUUUCCAACAUCACCAUUUUUAACUCAACUUAAUGAUAUUCCAAAACAGCAAAUUUGUAAUGGAAAUAACAAACCAAAAAGUUGUGAAAAUAAACCAGUUUGUGGAUGCUCACAUGUUUUAAAAAUACCAUUAAACUCAUCUGUUGAAAUGGUCAUAAUAAAUACUGAUCCAAUGGAUUCACCUCAUCCUUUUCACAUGCAUGGAUAUGGAUUUCACGUGAUGGCUCAAGGUUCACGAGAAGUUGUCAAUAUAACACGAGAAAAUAGUUACGAAGCUUUAAAACUUGAUAGAGAAAUUUAUAAAUUAGACUCAUAUGACCGACCACCAGUUAAAGACACGUUGACAGUCACAACAAAAGGCUAUACAAUCAUUAGAUUUAUUGCCAAUAAUCCAGGAUAUUGGCUAUUACAUUGUCACAUAAUAACACAUUUAAUGGUUGGUAUGUCUCUCACUCUGCAUGUGGGUGAAGACAGUGAUAUUCCUCCAACACCAGUGAAUUUUCCAACUUGUGGAAAUUAUAAACCACCAAUUUUGAGUAUACUUUAAGUCAUCAUAAUCUUUAUUGUUAAUUUAUUUUAAUUGAGUUUAAUAAAUUUCUAUACGUGUCAUUCAAGUCUAUAAAAAGUAUUGAAAAAAA